UGUUCCACCGUAGGAAAUAAAAUAUUGUUACACCCACAGAAGACAACUUUUUUUUAAAUGUACCGAAGAUAAUAAAUUCUGGUUAAACUAUUGUCCUCUAGUACAGGCUGUCACUCGGAGAGCAAUGGGGGUACACGGGCUGUGGAAGCUGCUUGAGACCACCGGGAAGCCCAUCAACCCCGAGACGCUCGAGGGCAAGAUCCUGGCUGUCGACAUCAGUAUCUGGUUGAACCAGGCAGUGAAGGGUGUGAGAGACAGGGAGGGUAACAGUGUCCAGAACGCCCACCUCCUCACCCUGUUCCAUCGUCUCUGUAAAUUGCUCUUUUUCCGCAUCAGACCUGUCUUCGUGUUCGAUGGAGACGCUCCUCUGAUCAAGAAACAGACCCUGACCAUCAGAAGACAGAGAAAGGAGGAGAAGACUAUGGAGUCCAAACAGACCAAUGACAAACUCCUCAAGACUUUCCUGAAGAGACAAGCCAUCAAAGCUGCUCUGGGAGAGAGGAGUCAGGAUCAUCUGCCCAGCCUGUCUGCUGUGAGGAGAGAGGAGGACAUGUUCAUGCUGCCUGCCCUGCCAGCCCAGGAGGAGGAGAGAGAGAGGAGCAGCUCAGAGGAGGAGGAGGAGGAGCAGGUGGAGGAGGAGGACAGCCGUCACAUCUACCAGGGGGAUUUCUAUGAAGACUCUAACUCUGUGGACAUCAACUCUGAGGAGUUUUCUGCCAUGCCUCCUGAGGUGAAACAUGAGAUCCUUAAAGACAUGAAGGAAUUCAGCAAGAGACGACGCACCAUGUACCACACCCCCCCUGAGCGGUCAGGGGACUUCUCCCAGUACCAGCUAGCAGGGCUGCUGCAGAGGAACAAGCUGAACGUGCGUCUGGAGGGGGUGGAGAGAGAGAUGUCCAACCGUAGUGCUGGGAACGCCCCGGGGGUGGAGCUAUACAACCAGGGGGAGGGGCACAGCGUGGAGACACGACGCCUCCUCUCAGAAGACUCCACCCACUACAUCCUCAUCAAAGGUCCGAAGAAGACCGACAACAGUGAGAGGGUGCCAGACAUCCAGCCUGCGGCCUCUCCCUGGUUGGGUGGUCCCCUGUCAGGGAGGGUUAGGACGGGGGGAGGGGAGAGACCUGAGCCCCUUUGGAGACCCAUCUCGGAGGAGGAGAGCCUGGAGGAGGGACCCUCAUCAUCGUCUAAACAUCCCCAGGACCCGAACCCGAGCCUGGGGGAUACAGCACCCAUCUCCCCACGGACACUGAAGGCCAUCCAGGCUGCCAUGGAUAGCAGCUUCUCAGACGAGGAGGAGGAGGGGGGUGGCAGUGUGUCUCCUCGUACCCUCCUGGCCAUUCAGCGAGCCACGGGAGAAGAGUUGGACGUAGGCCCGUCCCCAUACGCCACCAUGAUUGGCAGUUCUCCUGUUAAGCCCCACCCUCCCAGUCCCCAGCGUCCUGCCAACCGAUUGUUCGUCAUCAGCAGCUCAGAGGAGGAGACUGAAGGGAAGGAUACGCCCCUGAGGACAUCUCUGACCAAUGAGGACAGGCUUGGGGUGGAGAAGGGGGAUGAGCAACAGUCGCCCCUCCACCUUCGCCUCCCCAUUCCUCCUGCGGACAGGGUGCUCCUCAGCAUGGAGGAGGAAACCGUCAGCAGGAGGAGCAGGGAGGAGGAGAUUCUGAGGAGGAACAGAGAGGAGUUGGAGCAAGUCAUCGACAACAGGAACAGAGCUUUCCACUCUGCAGUGGGUCAGGGGGACAGUUUGGGUCAGGCUCUCUGUCUUAUUCCCCCAUCAGGCCUUGGUCUAAACAGAGAAGAGGAGACUGGGAGGAGCAGCCUAGUGACUGGGCGUUUACCUCCAUCGCAGGAGGAGAGGAAUGGACAGAACACCGGGGAGGAGAGGAACGGACAGAACACCGGGAAGGAGAGGAAUGGACAGAACACCGGGGAGGAGAGGAAUGGACAGAACACCGGGGAGGAGAGGAACGGACAGAACACCGGGGAGGAGAGGAACGGACAGAACACCGGGGAGGAGAGGAACGGACAGAACACCGGGGAGGAGAGGAACGGACAGAACACCGGGGAGGAGAGGAACGGACAGAACACCGGGAAGGAGAGGAACGGACAGAACACCGGGAAGGAGAGGAACGGACAGAACACCGGGAAGGAGAGGAAUGGACAGAACACCGGGGAGGAGAGGAAUGGACAGAACACCGGGGAGGAGAGGAACGGACAGAACACCGGGGAGGAGAAGAAUGGACAGAACACCGGGGAGGAGAGGAACGGACAGAUUGUGAAGAUGGAGGACGGCAAGGAGCACAGUGAGCAGGACAGUGAUUCAGAGAGCUUCGUUGACGUGUCUGAGGAGGAGGAGCUAAACGAGGAGGAGACAGAUGAUUCGCUGAUAGAGGUUGGGGGCGGUACUCCAGCUAAGGCACAGGAAGACGUGGCCAAGGAGGAGGAAGAGGAGGAGGCUUUAAGUAGCAGAGCUAUCCCUUUGGAAGAGAGGGAGGAGGACGAGGAGCCCCAGCCUCCCACAGAGCCCAGCCCAGCUCCUCCUGCCCCAGCGUCUGUUCCUCUACCCAACGAGUGGGAAGACAUCAACGUGGAGGAGCUGGUGGCGCUAGAGAGCAGUCUUGGAGAGCAGCAGUCCAGGCUGAGAGAACAGAAGCAGCAGCAGGAACGCAUCGCUGCCACGGUUACCGGACAGAUGUGUCUGGAGAGCCAGGAGAGCUGCUGAUUGUUUGGCGCUAAACCCUUCCUGGUGGCUCCCGGUGAGGCUAAAGGCCCAGUGUGCAGCCCUGAUAGACCGACCAGCCAAACAAUCACAGAUGACAUAACACCAACCCGAGACGUGUGGCUGUUCGGAGGACGACACGUCUACAAGAACUUCUUCAGCCAGAACAAAUACCUAGAAUACUACCAGUACGUAGACCUACAGAACCAACUGGGCGUGGACCGUACCAAGCUGAUUAACCUGGCCUACCUGCUGGGUAGUGACUAUACGGAGGGUCCCGGGGUGGGCUAUGUGACGGGCAUGGAGAUACUCAACGAGUUCCCAGGACCUGGCACGGAACCAGUCAGCAUGUUCAGUGAGUGGUGGUCCUUGGCCCAGCAGCAGCAACGUCUCACCUCUGACCCCCGUGACUCCAAGGUCAAGAGGAAACUGAGAGGGCUUCGGCUGCGGCCGGGCUUCCCCAACCCUGCCGUGGCAACUGCCUACCUGCAGCCCAGCGUCGACCUAUCAGAAAGCUCCUUUAGCUGGGGCCGCCCACACCUCGACCUCCUCAAGGAAUUCUGUGAGAGUCGUUUUGGUUGGAACAGCAGGAAGACAGAAGAGACUCUACAUCCUGUUAUCAAACAGCUCAACACACAACAGACCCAGCUGCGUAUUGACUCGUUCUUCCGUCUGGAGCAGCAGGAGAGACAGGCCAUCAAGAGCCAGCGCCUCCGCCGGGCCGUUACCUGUAUAAAGAGGAAAGAGAGGGAGGACGGAGGGAGGGAAGAGAGGGAGGACGGAGGGAGGGAAGAGGAAGAAGAGGGGACUGGCUCUCCGUCCAAGGCUAAAAGAGGGAAGGGGUCAGAGCCAAAGCAGAGGAAGGGAGAGGUGGAAGAGGGGACAGGAGGGUUCCUGGGGGCAGAGGUCAGUAAGCCUGCUCAAGAGGAUGUGGGAAGAGCCAGCCAUGAUGUGGGAGUGGCCAGCCAAGAAAGAGAGAAAGUAGGAGUGGUUAGUCAGGAUAUGGGAGGGGCCAACCUGGCUGUGGGAGGAGCCAGUCAGCAGAGGAAAGAAGUGCUUCCUCCUCCUAAUAACGGAGUACCUCAACCUAAACUCCUCCCUAAUAGGACGGAGCAGAAUGACAGCAGCAGUUCCGGGGACGACGACGGCGACAGCGGGGUCGCCAUGGUAACGGCCCAGUCAGUGUUUAGGGGCCAACCGAGAGAAGGGAGGGGGGGUAAGAGAGGUGGGAGGGGGGGGAAGAGAGGCAGAGGGAGGAAGACACUGUGAGAACUAUCAACUUUAAACUCUCGACCGUCUCUUGUUGAUGAUGUCAUCAGAGGGAUAUAUGUGACCAAUAAACAGGCGCUGAAACCAC